UAGUAAUUGUUAUUCAUAGGUGGCGCUGUUCAUCAAAACAAGUUAAAUGUCAAAGUGAUUUUUACCGAAAUAAAACGAGGUUUAUUUGGAAUAUCCCGUUAAAUAAGGUAAUGUAUCUUAAAUUUAUCGUUAAAACACGAUUUCGAUUGUAAUUAAUCAUUGUUUUAUGCCGAAAUAAAACGAUUAGGUUGUUGACGUUUCUUGACAUUGAAUUACAUCGGUAAUUACGUCCAUAACUAAUUAAAAUAGAAAUAGUAACAUUAUAACAUAUUAGGUACAAUUUUGACAAAUAUCUCUCUUUUAAGAUAUUUUUGUAAACGUCAGCUAAAAUUCAUCGUAACAUAUUUCAUAUGUCGGAUCAUUUCAACGUGAUAUAAACAAAUUUAUUUGUUGAUACGCGGGUUAAAUGGCUCUUUAUGUUUUAAAUAAAAUUCCUACCAUAAAAAUGUGCAAACACCUUUGUUGUAAAGGAUAUUAUUCAACAAAACCUUUAUUAACGCAAUUAGAUUACAAAAAAUGUUAUCAAGUUUUAGAAAUACCCGAAGACAGCGACCAAGAGCAUAUUCGACAAGCCUAUAUAACGUUGGUGAAAAAGUACCACCCAGAUAGAGGUGAAGGAAACGAUGAUAAAUUCAAAGAAAUCGAUGUAGCGUUUAAGACUUUAAUGGAUAAAAAAUCGAAAGAACGAUGGGAUGUUGAAAUCGAUGAGUCCCCCGAUGCUCAAGAAUACGAUAUUAAGCACACAGCGCCUCAACAUAGACAAUUUUUAAGUUACGAAGGUAUCGGAACUGGCACCGUUUUUCAACGGGAGAAGCAAUACUCGAAAUUAAAAGCGAUGCAAGCAGCCGUUAACGUUCUUUCGCAUCGUAUGCAAAAAGCGGCUGCGGAAGAAAAAGCUUUGAUGCAAAAAUCAUCGUUGAAACACAAAAUUAAAACUAAAUAUGGCUACGAGAGGUUGGUCGAAGAUCUGAUACAAGAAGCGAUAUCAAAAGGGCAAUUUAGUAACUUAUCUGGAAGUGGAAAACCGCUAAAAAACAUUCACGAUAAAAAUCCUUACGUCGAUUUUGUUACUCAUAAAAUAAACGAGAUUUUAAUCGAAAAUGGAUUCACCCCCGAGUGGAUUACCUUGCAAAAAGAGAUCCGACAAGAUAUGGGGGUCCUCAAAGAUAGUUUAUUGAUGGAAAGGAAACAAAUUGGCCCAAUUCCUUUAAGCAACGACGAUAAAUACAUUUGGAGUGAUGUUGUCGAGAGGCAUCGGAUUUUGGUUGAUGCGAUUAAUAAAAAAAUUACCAAGUAUAAUUUAGUCGUACCUGUUUUAACCAAGCAAAUGUUUUUAAUUGACAUUUUAAAGGAGUCGGAGAAAAUUUUAGAAACCGGGUUGAAUAACACUCAAGUUCCCCCAGAAAAUCAUCAAAAUGACAGUUCUAACCUCCAAAAUGAUACUUCUUCGUUAUUUGGGUUUAUAGAUAGCCUAUUUAAUAAGAAGUAAAAGAAAUAAGUUAAUAAUAGUUAGAAUUAUUUAUUUUAUUGUUUAAAAAAUUAAAU